GAGUUCUCAAAGCAUUGCACUGUAUCAUUGGAGUCAACCAAGAGAAAGUUGGAGUACUCUGAUUAUGGGGGCAAGACUCAAACCGUAGAAGCAGCCAAACACUUUCUGACACAGGGAAAGAAACUGAUGCUUGGCUUCGACAUGCUGGGUCGAAAACCCGUAGAGAGAAAGCAGUGGAUCAAAGACAAUUUUGGUGAUGAUGCAAUUCAAAUGCAUAAAUCACUGAGCGCUCAGAAAGGAUUCCUAUUAGCACAACUAGUUGGUCGACACGUUCCAUGGUUUGAAGCUUCUAUGAUGCAGGUUGCAGUUCGAGCUAUGCCUGAUCUAGCAAAAAAGGAAGCACUCUCUUUGACCUAUGAUGAUGAUUUAGCGAAGUUCAAGGCUGUGCUAAGUGGUGACAAUGAGAAUGUGAUCAAAGUGUUUGAGAAACUCAAUGAUGCUAGAAACUGGUUGCUGAACAUGGGCAAGAGUUCAGAGGCCGGUGUUCUAGCAAAAUCCAUGCAGACUGCAGAGAAAGCAGGCAAGUCAUUUGUCAACACAGAGAAAGCUAUCGACAGCAUUUCAAAGGAGAGUGAGGCCACUUUCAUGGAAGCUAUGGAGAAACAGGUACUACCAGAUGACUCAGAGAUGAAACUCGUAGACGUGACCCACCAACUAUUUGCAAAGCAACCUGAACCAAAAUUUGUUCCAAGCAGCAUUUGCAUCUACAAGGGUAUCAUUGCGAAUCUCAUCUCAUGGGGCCGUAACGAUCAUGGUGGUAAGCUUUGUGGCAUCAUGGCCGGUGAUGGGAAGUCUGUACUGGAUGUUGUUGUAUGCACUGACUUUGACUCAUGCAUCUUAUCAGAUUCGCUGAAACAGAGAUGGGCCAACUUCGAUAUCCAACCAAUGGGGCUUGUGGUUUGGGUCACCGACUAUGAUUCUCCUAUCGACCAGUUUGGAAAAAGAAUGCAAGCUUUGAAAUCACCUUUCAAGACACUGGUUCUCGUCACUAUGUGUGGUGGACUUGAUCCUAUGGUAUGGGAUGUAUCGAUAUCAGAAGAAGAUGAGAUCGAAUACACUAGGCGCAGUGGACCAAAAGAACAAUCAGGAAGGAAAAAAGAUGAAAAAUAUCGGGUAGUGGACUUCCAAGCCUUGUCAAAAACUAUUGCAUGCACAAUGGAUGAGACCGUGUCAGCAUAUCUCCAAAGUUCUGUAAAAGAAAAGCUUGGACACAAGAUGAAGAAAAUGAAAUGCUCUGAAAAAACCAGCCUAGAACAGCAAUGUGCACCUGCUGAUGGCUAUUGCUUGUGGCACAGUGUUUUAGGAUCACUGGACUUUGAAGCGUGGAGUACUGUUCCACGGAAGGAAAGUGGUUACGCAGCAAACGCAAGGAUUGUCAAAAAUGAAGAAGACAAAGCACGUGCUUUGAUGAACAUGACUAUGGAAAAAGCAUGUGAACAAGGGGUUGACAUUGACAAGGUUGAGGAGAUACGCAAACACGGUUCCGUUGACAUUGCUGACCUGGACUGG